AUGCCAAAAGUCAAAAGUUCAAAAUCAUCCAGUCGAAAAAGCAACGAUCCAAAAGCACCUAAACGUCAUCGUACAGCUUAUAUGUUAUUUGCACUUGAAAAACGUAGUCAAAUUAAAAGUGAAAAUCCUGGAUUAACUGCAAAAGAAAUUAUGUCCGAAUUAGGUGCACAAUGGUCAUCUUCAGAUCCACAAACAAAACAACAUUAUCAAAAAUUAUCCGAUGCUGAAAAAUCUGAAUAUGUAGAAAAAUCUACUGCUUAUAAAAAUGAGAAACAACAUAAUAAAGAAAAUUCUAAAAAAGAUAAUAAACCAAAUCAAUCAAUGGAAGUUAAUUCAUCACAAUAA